AUGGCGCCAAUUCGAAACCCCCGUUUGAAACUCCCGGCCAGGAAGAAGAGAACCAAGCCGCCUGAGGCACAAGCGGUUGACAGCUCAGCUCAGCAAAAAACCAAACGUUCAUUUGGCCAAACCAGUCUCAAAAGUCAGAUACAAAAUAAGAUUGGAAAGCAAGUACACACAUCGUCGUCAUCCCAUCAAGAUUGGCCGGAGCGUUCUGAUCCGAGCGAAUCCGAGGAUGAUAACAAUCAGCGCAGCAAUCCAGGUGGCGAAAAAAACAGUGAUCUCGACGACAGGAGUCCUGAUAUUGACCCAGUUAUUGACAUGUGGGACCGUGAAUUCCGGCAAAAUCAUUCUGCCGGGAUUCCCGGUCUUCAGCCUAAUUCGGGGAUUGGUAACCAACCAGAAGAGCAGUCACAAGCUUUAACGCUUGCGGAGGUUAAUGAACUUCGAAAAAUGACGACGUUAGAUGACAGUCAUUUCUGGGAGGCUUUGAAAGUAUUAAAAUCGCCCAACACUGCGAUCGCGUUCCUAGUCCUGAAGGAGCUUGAACGGACUCAAAACUCAUCUGAACCACGAUAUGGAUCCAAUGAUCCCGUUGGGGCUCCCGACGAGUUUGAGUACAGCACUGUGCUGAAGGUUAGGAUUCCUUUCAUUUUUACUAUUUAA